AUGCAGCCUCAACAAAGUCUAAAAAAUUUGUUUCUGAGAACCAAUGGAUUAAUAAGAAUUAAGCCAAAAGUGAGAGUUACUGACAAUUAUACACUUUCUCUUGUAUAUACUCCAGGAGUUGGUCAUAUUUGCAAGGUGAUUGAAAAAGACCCAGAUUAAUUGUAUGAUUUAACAAUAACUGGAAAUUCAAUUGCAUUGCUUGCUGAUGGAUCAAGUAUGAAUAUUAAAUUUACCUAUGAGAAUUUGAUCUUCCGCGAUCAUCAAAAAUGAUUCCAAAUUUAGAAGCUAUAAGUGCAUUGUAUAAAGCUUUCUAUGAUGUUGAUGCUUAUCCAAUUAUCUUAGAUAGACAUAUUAUGACAGAUGUCUCAGAUUAUUUAUUAGUUAUGGAUAAUUUAUCAACUACAUAUAAAGUAAUAUUUUUAGAGUCUAUUUUUAGACUAUAGUUUUAAUUGACAUUGAAGAUACUUUAGCUUCAUAAAUUCUUACUGCUGUAGAAAAUGCCAAUUUGUAAUGCACAGUGAUUAUCUCUAAUUCUCAUAAUUUGAGAGAAUAACUUUAGGAUGCUGCAUUAGUCAAGGCAACUCUUGAUGCAAGAGCUAUUAUUAAGCCUUCUUAAUGUGAAUAAGUGAAAAAAGCAAUAAAAACAAUUGACUUUACAAACUUACCUACAUAUUUGACAAUCACAUUAAACAAAGCUUAUGCAUAAGGAUUAUAAGAAAUCUAUAAUAAUAAAUGGUGUCAUCAUACUGUUUAAAAUACAAAACCAGAAACAUUCAUAAAUAAAUUGAAUGAUCUCUAUAUUUAUGGAGAAGUUGCUUAUUAUAACAAAUGGAAGAGUGAUCAUUUGUUAUAGAAUAAUGAUUUCAAUUAAAAUGCCUUAGAAUUACAUAAAAGAUACAACGGAAUGAUUACAAUAGAACUCAAGUUUAAUCCAAGAUCUCUAGAAGAUCUAUAUAGAAUUUAUGAAACAUCCUAUUAAUCAGAUGAAUUGGCAUAACUUAGAUAAAUCCUUAUUGAUGAUCCAACAAAAUUAAGAGAGAUAACUUUUAAAAAGAAUUAUGCUGCAAUAAUAACAAAUGGUACAGCCAUAUUAGGUUUGGGUAAUAUUGGGCCAUCAGCAGGAUCUCCAGUUAUGGAAGGGAAAUCAGUCUUAUUUAAUGCAUUAGGUGGUAUAGAUCUUAUGCCUAUAUGUCUUAAAGAGAAAGAUCCUCAUAAAUUAGUGAGAAUUAUUAAAUGGUAUAAACUUAUUAAUUCUAUUUAAGUAUUGCUCCAAUAUUUUCAGCAAUUAAUUUAGAAGAUUUAAGAGCUCCUGAUUGUUUUCCUAUAGAAGAAGAAGCAGUUCAUAGUUUACAUAUUCCUUUAAUGCAUGAUGAUUAACAUGGAACUGCUGUUGUUAGUUUAGCAGCUGUUAUUAAUUAUCUUAAAUUAACUAAAAAGAAUGUAAAGGAUUUAAAAUUAGUUAUUAAUGGAGCAGGGUAAAUUUUUAUCAAUAAAAUAAUAAAGUGCUGCUGGUGUUGCAAUUUGUAAAUUAUUACAUGGACAUGGAAUAGAAGAUAUUGUAAUUUGUGAUACAUCAGGUAUCAUUUAUGAAGGCAGACCAUAAAAUAUGAACAAUUUUAAAAAUGAUUUAGCUAAAUUUACAAACAAAAAUAAAAUUUAAGGUACACUUGCUGAUGCAGUUAAAUAAAGAGAUCUUUUUGUAGGAGUAUCUAGUGCUGUAUAUUUUAUAUUAUUAUAUAGGGUGCUCUAACUAAAGAAAUGGUUAAAACUAUGAAUAAAGAUCCAUUCAUUUUAGCCUUGGCUAAUCCUGUUCCAGAAAUAAUGCCAGAUGAUGCUAUUUAAGCUGGAGCAUUUAUUGUUGCUACUGGAAGAUCUGAUUUCAAUAAUUAAGUUAAUAAUUCUUUGGCUUUUCCAGGAAUUUUUAGAGGUGCUAUUGAUACAAGAGCAAAAGAAAUCAAUUUAGAUAUGAAAGUAUGUUUUUAUUUUUUAAUAAAGAUUGCUGCUGCCUUUGCUAUAGCUGAUAGUAUUAAAGAAUCAGAACUUAGCACAACUAAAAUUUUACCUGGAGCUUUAACUGCAGAAAUACCUGCUAAUGUUGCUAGAGCUGUGGCUAUUGCUGCCAUGAAGACAGGUGUUGCCAAAAUUAAUGUUGAUCCUGAAAAAGUUUUUGAUCAAGCCAGAAAAUUAAUUAUGGAAGGCAAUUUGCCUGCUAUUUGAUCUGCUAUGGC